AUGGGUGGCUGUUUUGGGACCCUCCGGCACAGUGACCGGGACCGAGACCGAGGCCGGGACCAGGACCGAGACCGGGGCCGAGAGCAGGACCGGGAACAGUCCCUGGGGCACACAGGUGAAAAAUGUGAGUCCCAGUGCCACCGCUCCCCCACGUUCCUGCACCGCUUGGGCCAACCAAAGAGCUCCAAAGCCCCACACCGGGUAAAAUGGUGUCGGAAGAAGACCAAGGCAGCAGAGAUUUCACUCUCCUUCUACAUUGAGAGCUGUUCUUCCCAGUGCCUCAAUUCCCAGCUCCAGGAAGCAGCCAGAACGAAGCUGUGGGCUCUGGAGAAUGACGAGAGAGAUGCCUGUGCUCUCUUCAAGGAGCUGUCAGCCACCUUGGUCUGUGUGCAAGCACAGAAGGAUCAGUUCCUCCUCACUUUCAACACCUUAGAAGAAGUCUGGAAGUUUUACACAUACCUGACAUUAGGAUACGUGGGCAACUGUCUGGAGCAGCUUCUCUUUGACCAGGUGUACUGGCUAAAUUGUGCCCUGGUGGAGGACACAAAGAUCAGAGUUACUGUGGAUGAAGCUCGCUUGGCCGGCAUAUAUAUGGAUCUGCUACUCCAGGAAGGUAACUUUUUUUCCAGAGCAGUGCCUGGUCUCUGGCAGCCUGAGCAGGAAAGAGAGGGAGACCUGCAGCUCUGCGAGAAUGACCUGAUCCAUGUAAAGAACAUUGGAAAGAAGUCCGAGUGGGAAGGGAUGUCCUUACUGACGGGUCACCAAGGUCUGGUGCCUCUGACAGCUGUAGAGCUAACACUUCACCCAUUUCACCAGUGGUUCCUGAAGAAUUAUGCUGUGGGAUUUGGCAUUUCCCAGGAGAUCAGUGGGAUGACCUCUCAGCCAAUUGUCAAAGGCAGAUGCACCGCCACAGUGGACCACAGAGGAGCGGCAUCUGAUGAACUGAGUUUCUCCAAAGGAGAUGGCAUAGAAGUCGUUGGUUUCUUCAUUCCAGGACUCCCAUGGUUUGUGGGCAAAUCCCUCAGCAGUGGGAGCAUCGGCUUUGUCCCAACACGAUACAUAAGGAUCGAGGCUUGCAAACCUCUGUCCAGGAGAAAUGUGUUUCUGAGUGAAGAAGAAAAAUUCUCUCUCCUACACAUCCCCUGCAAUGAUGACAAACAGCACUUCAUCACCCUCCUCAGUGACCUGGCAUGCACUGACAUCACCUCUGUGUACUGGCUGGAUGGCUCUGAACCUACGGCCAUAUUCCCAAAAGUGCCAUCAGAAGCUGUUCCCUGCGGCUGUAAAGAUAUCCAGCAGUUCCAGUCUUUGGAAGAAAUAAAUGACUUUGCUACGACUAGCACCUCCAAGCUGUCUACCCCAGGGAGUGAAUCAACCCCUGCUACAUUGGAAGAGACUAUUCUGAAGAAGGGGGAUGAUUUGGAUCAUCCCAAGUUCUUUAUUGACCUCAAUGCUGGAUACAUGGGAGAUGCUGAUGCCUUUGAACCCAUAUUGACCUUUCUUAACCAAGACGGUUACGUGUCUGCUUUUCAAAGCCUCUAUGAUCUCGGUUUUUCCUUUUUCACCUCCACUUUUCGUGGCUUCUCUGAUGAAGAUGAACUGGUCUUGUACCUCGAGACAUCCAGGAAGUGGGCCAUGAGGAAUCAUUUGGUUUGGGCUCAUGCUAGGCUCUGCUUUCUCUUGGGUAAGCUCUAUAUCAAAAAGGUCAAGUUCUCCAAGGCUCAAGUCUACUUUGAGGAAGCCAUGGCCAUCCUGGACAGGAGUUUUAGGGACCUGCGCCUGUUGGUUGCACUGCAUGUGAACCUUGCCUCCACGUACUUGAAACGGAACAUGAAGUACGAGUUCUCCUUCCUGCUGGGAAAAAUGGUGGCCUUGCUUGUCUGCUUGCCUGGCCACCCUUUCAGCUCUGAAAAUGAGGUGGAAGCCAUGAUGUACGUCCUGAGGGAAGCCAUUGCUGUGGGUAAUGCUCUCUUGGAAGCACGGGUCUGCUUCCUUAUUGUCAAGCUCUUCCUCCAACUCGGCAAAAACGAUAAAGUGCUGCCCUUUGCCGAGCAUCUUCAAUGGCUCACCACCGCUUUACUUAGCCGAGACGCUAGUUCUGUGCCAUUGGAUGCCAGACCCAUCUUGAGCUAUCUGUACAACAAGAAGGAUUUGCCAAAUAUUGCACUGGCCUCUGCCAGAUUGUUUGUUCCCAGGAGCACCAAGGAGGCACCAACACUAAUUUGGAGAGCCGGCUUAAUCCUCCAGAAUGCUUCCAAACUCCUGGGAAGCCAGCUGGAGAGGAACAGCAUCCCAGCUCUGGCUUGUUUCUAUCUCAUUCAAGCACUGCAUUUCUCCUGCGAGAGCACAGUUGUGCGCAUCCAGAGGACACUGUAUGCCAUCUUGUCCAAGAUGUACCUCCAGCAUGGUUUGUUGGACAUGGCGCUUUGUUGUGCGGACAGGGCCGUAACCCUCAGCAGACUGAUGGGCGAAGAACAAGUUUUUGAGUCUUCCAUCUUUUUAGGAUGGGUGUAUCUCCUGCACAGCCAGCCAGGCCCAGCUGCAGACAUCCUGUGGCAGCUCUCGCUCUCUCUGCUCGGGAAGGACAGCGCGACUCAGAGCGGAGCUGUGCACAAUCUCCUGGCCAUUGCCCUCAAAGGAGUAGGGCAGGUGCAAAAGGCUGCAGAGAACUACCUCCGAGCCCUGCACAAAGCCGAGGAGACAGGGAACAAGAGGAACCAGGCUAUCGCCCUGGCUAACCUGGAACAGCUGAACCUCUCACACGGAGCAAACCAUCUGUCUGAGCUCUACCUGCUCCAGUCGACUCAGCUCUGCGCUGAGCUUCAGGGCAGCAAAUACCCAGAGAUGGAGCUGGCGUAG